AGCAACAACUAAGUAAAAGACAGAAUAUUUUACAAACUACUGAACCUAAAAGUAGUAUUUCUACUAAUAACAACAACAAAGAAACUCCAGUUAUUAUAGACAUUAACCCUCUUUCGCUUGAUAAAGGAAAGGCAAAGAAGUUUUGA